AUGGGGCGAGAAAGGGAAAUACAAAAGCUAUCAAGGAUUAUGAAUGUUCUUGGAAUUAUCAACGAAUUUGACGAUGAACCAGCAAGCAGUGAUGCAUCUGAAAACGCUUCUUCACUUUCAAUGGAUAAAAUCAUUAUAAUUGCAAAUCAAUUGCCUCUAAAAUCCAAAAGAAGACCUGAUAAUAGAAUUUGGAGUUUUACUUGGGAUAAUGACUCUCUCCUUCUACGACUCGAAGAUGGUUUUCCUGAUGAUAUGGAAGUUCUAUAUGUUGGCUCCUUGAAUGUCGAUGUUGAUGGCAUUGAACAAGAUGAUGUUGCUCAACUCUUGUAUAAAGAUUCAUUUGUAUCCCAACUUUUCUUCCUCCUAGCCUCAUUGACAUGUUCUAUACUAGGUUUUGCAAGAAACAGUUGUGGCCUCUAUUUCACUACAUGUUACUAA